ACGCGUUUCCCUCCCUAGCUAUUUUCAAACAGUUUGUCUCUUCCCGCCUGUUUUUCGCUAGACGAAAUGAAGGGUUUUUACUUAAAAAUCAGUCCUAAAUGAACCUUUCUCAACUUGAAAACGCUUACCUGUGACACUUAGCGAGCUGGAAUACCGGACGAGCCCAUCUUGAUCUUUUUUCGUUGAAUAUUCACUUUCAAGGGCUGCAGCGGCCAUCAGAGUCUAUGUGAGUAGUGCCCUCUGGAGUUGUGCAGACGAAGUGGCGUCACCUCAUAACUAAAAGUCUGACUAAAUUGCACUAUAUAUCUUUUCUUUGCCUCUCAUGGGACCCUCCCCCAGAACCCACGCCCACAUCCCAUCUUGGACACACCCCUAAACCCAGUGUUGCCAAGCUCCUAGCACCUGCCUCAGCUGCUGCCUAAAAACUGAAACAAGAGCCCUCUCCGAAUGUGAAAGACCUUCCACUGGGUCUCCCCCAAAGUGCUGCCUGCUCACCGGUCACCCAGCCGCCUGUCCUCACUUUCUUGCUCCGUGGUGGAACCAUGGCCUGGAGUUUCCACGGGAAAGCCCAGCUUGGGGGACUGCUCCUCUCCCUCUUCGGCUGGGUCUGCUCAUGUGUCACCACCAUCCUGCCCCAGUGGAAGACUCUCAAUCUGGAACUGAACGAAAUGGAGACCUGGAUCAUGGGGCUUUGGGAGGUCUGCGUGAAUCAGGAGGAAGUUGCCGUGUGCAAGGCCUUUGAGUCCUUCUUGUCUCUGCCCCAGGAGCUUCAGGUAUCCCGAAUCGUCAUGGUAGCCUCCCACGGGCUGGGGCUACUGGGGCUCCUGCUCUCUGGCUGUGGGUCCGAAUGCUUCCAGUUUCACAGGAUCAGAUGGGUAUUUAAGAGGCGGCUCUGCCUCCUGGGAGGGACUUUGGAAACAUCUGCUUCAGCCACUACCCUCUUUCCAGUCUCCUGGGUAGCCUAUGCCACGAUCCAAGACUUCUGGGAUAACAGCAUCCCUGAGAUUGUGCCUCGCUGGGAGUUUGGAGAUGCCCUCUACCUGGGCUGGGCUGCUGGUAUUUUCCUGGCCCUUGGUGGGUUACUCCUCAUCUUCUCAGCCUGUCUGGGAAAAGAAGACGUGCCCUCUCUCCAGAUGGCUGGCCCUAGAGCCCCACCGUUCUGUGCCCCAGCAAAUGAGUCCAAUGACUCCUUCUAUCUAACACCAAGAGCUAGGAACCUGUUCAUCUAGGACUUGCUUCUGCCAAGGAAUCUCCGGAAUAAAGCAAUGUCAGUAGAACCCUUUCCCUUCCUUAUUCUUUACCACCUUC